AUGUCCAAAUACCAAACUCUCUAUAAAGCCAUACGUAAAUAUCUAAUGACCUUCAAUAAUUACCAAUAUUAAUCAUGGAAAAAGCAUAACUAUACUUAGUGGGCCGAUCUUUCAUUCAGACCAUUAAUUAUUAUUUAGAUCAUUUUUAUCAUCUUUAAAUUAUCAACUUUAGCUAAUAAUACAUUAAUGUGGACUAUUUUUGGACUUCAGAUUUUUGUUCAUUUGAUCCUCUUUUCAUUUGUUCCAAAAAUCAUUUUAUAUGAAUCAAAAUUUUUGUAGAUUGUACCUUUAAUUUAGCAAGAAUGUCUUUAUAUCCUUUGUUACUUUGUUUUAGAUGAAAGCUACCUUAUCUUUUACACUACUAUUUGUGUAAUCUUUCAAAGCAUGUACUUAACAAUCUUAUGUAAGGGAUUUGCUAUACUUAUUUUUUAUAUUUAAACUUUCUUUUUUUCCAAUAUUUCCACUUUUGAAGGAUUAUAUCUUACCAUCGCUCUCUUAAUUAUGUAAAUCAUAAGAAAAGAACUUUAAUAAAUGUAGCAUUUCAACAAUUUAUAAGCUUUAUUUUUAAUUAUUGAUUCUACGCCUUAAGCUAUGUGUAUUGCUCAUAAAGAUAAAAAUUGGUUACUCUAUUCCAACAAAGUAUUUGAUAAUUUAGCUUAUAAAUUAGAAAGUACAAAUCAUUCAGAAACUGAUUAAUCUCCAGAAAAAACAGCAACUAACAAUUCUACUAAAAAUUAACUAAGUUUUUUGUAAAAUUUGUAAUUAGAUGAAUUAAAUAAUAAUUAAAAGUCUGCCCAAUUUGAUUUGGAUGAUGAUGAUCUAUAUAUUGAUGAUCAGUGUAAAAUAAAGAAUGUAAUAUAUAACAAAGAUAAAAACACAAUUUAAUCUACGAGAACAUUUUUUAAUGAAACUUCAACAGAUAGACCUAAAAAUCAUGUAUAAUUUUAAAAGUUUUUCCAAUCAUUUAAAAAUCCUGAAGAUGAAUCUAUAAUAAAAAAAACAUUUACAUCAGAUGUAACUAUGAAAAUUGAAGUUAAUAAUCCUCCUUAAUUGUAUUUGUCAUCAGCAGGAAAAAAGAGUCCACGUAAAAAAUCUAAUAUUCCAAAUAAAGUACCUAAACCAUAUAUGACUCCAAGUAGAAAAAUAUCUGCAGAUUGUUUAUUAAGUAGUAAGGAGGGUAGGAGUUCAGGUCAUAAGUAAUCUCUAUUGGAUUAAGAUGUAAAUAUGAUAAAUAAAUCGAAACCUAUAUAUGUUCACAAAAUGAAAUUCUUAAUUAAUGUAUUAGAAAACUGUAAAUUUUUUGAUAAUGAUGAUGAAUUACAAAUAUAUUUCAUUCAUGAGGUGAAUUAAAUUCUUUUAAAAGCUAAAUUAAAAAAAUUAGAAUCAAUAAAAAAGAAUCUAUUAAGAUCUAUCUCUCAUGAAUUACUCACAAAUUUAAAUGCUGUAUUUGGAUUCAUCAAACAAAGUUAGGAUAGAUUAUUAAAACAAGAAUCUUGUCAUUUGUAAUUAGAAUAAGCAUUAAGUUAUACAAAAUUACAACUAUAUAAGAUAUAUGAUUUCUUUGAUUAUAGAGAUAUUUUAGAGGAUAGUUUUUAAUUGAAAUAAGAUUAAUUUGAUAUAAACACAGUAAUUUUGGAAUGUGUAGAUUUGUUUAGAAAUUAGAUUGAAAGGAAAUCCUUAUUAAUUAAUGUAAAAUUACCUGAAAGUUCUUAUAUUAUAAGUGGAGAUAGAUAAAGAAUAUGUUAAGUACUAUUAAAUUUGAUUGGAAAUUCAAUUCGUUUUACUUAUAAAGGAGGAAUUAGUAUAAUAGUUCAAAAAUAAGAAUAUAUAGAGUCAAUGGAAGGGAUUGAUGUAAAUUCUUGUAUUUUAGAAGAUAGUAAUAAUUUACUUGAAGUAUAAGUGAAUGAUACAGGAAUAGGUAUGACAGAAGAUGAGUUAAGUAUUUUAAGAAAAAAGGUAUAAUUUUAAAUUUAGAGUAGCUACAUUUAACUGAUGAAGAUGAAAAAGUAUCUAAACAUUCAGUUGGUAUUGGAUUAGGAUUAUCAGUUAGCAAACAAAUAAUAAAGUUAAUGGCACCAAAAAAUUAAAAUUAUCUCUCUGUUGAAUCUACAAAAGAUGAAGGAACACGAUUUAAUUUUGUUUUAAAUUACUUUUAAGAAUCUAAUCAAAAUUGUAAUUCUUUAUAAAAAUCUAAUAAUCAUAUUAUUCCAUAUUUAGAUGCUCAAAGUACUUAAUAAGUUCGUGUUAUGAAUUAUAAUAAAUGUAAUAAUAUUCAAAUAACAAAUAAAGGUUGUUAAUCAGAAAUGUAGAUUGAUAUACUUUUAAAUUCAUGCAAUUGUAAAAUAGUUUUAAUUGUUGAUGAUGAAGAAUUUAAUAUUGAAGUUCUUUCACAUAUGGUUUAAUAAUUAGGAUUUAAUAUAGAUUCAGCAUUUAAUGGUAAAUAAGCUUUAGAAAAGGUGUAAACAUAAUUACUUAAAAGAUGUAAUAAAUUAAAUUGUGUUGGGUAUAAUUGUAUAUUAAUGGAUAUUAAUAUGCCUAUGAUGAAUGGAUGGGAGACUGUUUAAAGAAUAAGACAAAUAGAAAAUGAAAUUCAUCUUACCAGAACUAUUCCAGUUAUUGCAGUUACAGGUUUCUGUAGUAUUAAAGAUUAAUAAAAGAGCAUUAAUGAAGGAUUUAAUAGUGUCUUAAUAAAACCUGCUACAAAAGAGAAAUUAAUCGAAACUUUUAAUCAUCUAAGCAUCUGA